ACACUGCUGCAGGGAGAGGAAGACAGAUACGAAGGGAUCAUAUUGGAUGAAGAUCAGCUACCGACCGAUCCCAAGGAAUUCAGUGAACGACUUGAUUAUUCACUCAAGGCCUGGCAAGAUCAGGAUCGGAGAGGCAUCUGGCUGAAAGUGCCCAUCAGCAAGGUGGCUCUGGUAGAGGAAGCUGUCAGACAGGGAUUCAUAUUCCAUCAUGCCGAGCCAGACUAUGUGCAGCUGACUCGAUGGCUAUCAGCAAAUCCAAGCAAAUUGCCUGCCAAUGCAUCCCAUCAGGCAACAACUUGUCUCCAUCCCCACCUGCUUGUGGGCGUUGGCUGUUUUGUGGUGAAUGAAUACAGUCAGGUCUUGGUAGUACAAGAGCGGAACGGGCCCCUCAAGGGGAAAGGUGUUUGGAAGCUGGUGACGGGUCUGGUGGAUGCUGGAGAGGACAUAAGCACUGCUGCAGAGAGGGAGGUUCUCGAGGAGACAGGCGUGAGGGCCAAAUUUUCCGCUGUCCUUGCUCUGCGGCAGGCCCACGGGUUUGCCUUUGGCAAGUCGGACUUCUUUUUUGUUGUGGCCCUCAAGCCAGAGCCUGGUCAGUUAGAGCUUGUCAUGCAAGAGGAUGAGCUGGAAGCUGUGGCCUGGAUGCCACUAGCAGAGUACGCAGCCAUGCCGUUCCAGGCUUCCAGACCCAUCUGGAAACAAAUAGUGGACUGCUGUGUAGCAUAUGCUAAGGGCGAAUACUCAGGGAUG